GGCAGGGCGGGGCCGGGCGGUCCCCCCGCCCCCUUGCGCCCCUUAGGGGCGGAGCCAAAGCGAGCUGCUUCUGCCCGCAUCCGACUCUCCGCAGACGACGGCGAGUGGCAGAACAACAUGGAGCCGGGCAAAAUGGCGCUUACCAAGAACUCCCCGAGAGAUGCCUUGGUAAUGGCACAGAUCCUGAAGGAUAUGGGAAUUACAGAGUACGAACCAAGGGUCAUAAACCAAAUGUUGGAAUUUGCUUUCCGAUAUGUGACUACAAUUCUGGACGAUGCAAAAAUUUAUUCAAGUCACGCUAAGAAACCUAAUGUCGAUGCAGAUGAUGUGAGACUGGCAAUCCAGUGUCGUGCUGAUCAGUCUUUUACCUCUCCUCCUCCGAGAGAUUUUUUGCUGGACAUUGCAAGGCAGAAAAACCAAACCCCCUUACCUAUGAUUAAGCCAUACUCAGGACCCAGGCUGCCACCUGACAGAUACUGCUUAACAGCUCCCAACUUUAAGCUGAAGCCCUUACUUAAAAAGGGACCUAACCAGGGAAGACUAAUUCCACGCUUAAGUGUUGGUGCUGGUAGUAGCAGACCCACCACCCCUACUCUAGCAACCCCACAAACAGUGUCUGUCCCAAAUAAAGUUGCACCUCCCGUGUCAGUGACAAGCCAAAGAUAUCCGGUGCAGAUUCCGCCUUCUCAGCCCACACCCGUCAAACCAGUUCCUGCAACAACUGCAGUUCCAAAUGUUCUGAUUAAUCCUUCAAUGAUUGGGCCCAAAAAUAUUCUUAUUCCCGCCAGCAUGGGUUCAUCACAGAACGCGGCCAAUGAAUCAAACCCAUUGAAGAGAAAACACGAAGAUGAUGAUAAUGAUACCGUGUGAGGAGUACAGUCUAGAUGUACUUCAGAUGCAUAGUUGGUUUUGAGCCCAAUAUACUGAGCUAGAACGUUCUAGAUCACAAGUUUUAUCUUAGAAAACUUAAAGGUAGCUGCAAUAUUUUUCAUGUUCCUGUAAAGCGUUAGAUUUCUAAAGUAAGGCUGCCAAUGUUUUUUUGAUUAGGCAUCAAGUAGAAUAAGUUAAGCACCUGUUUCUUACUAGUUUCACUAAUGUCGAGUCCUGCUAUGGCAGUUCUAUUUUUGGAAGCAGUUUUCUGCCUUGUGUCACUGACAGCAUUUAAGUUUCAGUCUCUACAGCCUGAUCAGUGGACUAAUCUUUAACAGCAUAAUUUCUAAUCUGCACUGAAGUACUUACUCCUUUCUUUGGCAAGGUAAAAUAGUCACUAUUAUUGUCACCAGCUUCUUAAACCAAAUCUCUCGAUUUAGAAGACCUUUUUGGAGAGGAUGGAUUUAGAGGGAUUCUAAAUCGAAUUUUGAAUGUACUUAAGUUG